AUGAAGUUCGUCGUGUCUGUUUUGUCCGUGAUGGCCUGCUCUGCCAUGGCCCAGGUGCCUCUCCUUGGUAAAGGAGUUGGGAGUUUCGGUGUUGGCUUCAACAAUAUUGCUGGUAAAGGCAAUGGCUACAACCCAUACAAUAACUAUGGCUAUGGCGGACACGGUUACGGUAAAGGCGUUGGCAAAGUUGGCGUCGUUGGUACAGGCUAUGGCUACAACCCCUACAACAACAACUAUGGGUACAACGGCUAUGGUUACGGUAAAGGCGUUGGCAACGUUGGCGUCGUUGGUACAGGCUAUGGCUACAACCCCUACAACGGCUAUGGCUACGGUAAAGGUGUUGGCAAGGUUGGUGCUAGAAAGGCUUACGGUAACGACUACAACCCCUACAACUACAACAACGUCUACGGUAAAGGUGUUGGCACAUUCGUAACUGGACACGGAGCUGGUCUUGUAGGACACGGACCUUUCGUUGGACACGGUCCCUUCAUUGCUGGACACGGACUUUACGGACAUGAUGGCAGCAUUGCUGGACAUGGACCUUUUGUCGGAAACGGUGUUUAUGGACAUGGUUGA